CUACGGGCGGGUUAGAUAGCCGUUGGCUGCAAUGUUUGAAUUUGAGCUUGGAUGUCGAUGGCGCCCAUCGAUCGUGGAACCCUUCUCACGUCGGUCAUCAGCAGUGCUCCCCUAUAUUGCUGCCCUCUGUCGUGUUCGAAAGCUGCCAGCUCCAUUCCUUGUACUUACCGGGAUGAGGACGGCUCUCAUCAUUUUCCUAGUUGGGGCUUUGCUACUGGUGAUCAUUUUGCACUUGUGGCAAGUGGUCGGCACUUUCAACCACGCUGGAAAGAGGAGGGGUUUGAAGAAGGUUCAACAGGCUGCUUCGGUGAAGACAGGCAUGGGCGAUGGAUACGGAAGGGGUACAGAGGGUUAUGGGAUCGGUAGAGGGGGCUAUGCAGUCGGGAGCGGGGCGGAGCAGAGCGUGCAUCAUAGAUUUGAUCCGAAUCUGUAUUUGCAUCUGCCCCCUCACCAGCAGCCGUUGCCUGAUGACAUUACGUGGGCGCCGCCUCCGUCUACCCUGGAUCUGGCAUGGGGUUCGACUCAGACGUCUUAUGAUACACCUGCCAGAGUGGACGAACGGAGAGGGGGGCUCGGUCCCAUGUCCGCACUACUGGCAGAUGUGCGGGGAGGACCCAGUCUUCCAGUUGAUCUGCAUUUGUCUCCAUCCACCACCAUGGAUGUGUCUAGAACGGUCGUCAUUAACGAGAACGGGCAAGGUUGCGGGAGCACCUCUCGGACGAUGCAAGACGCCGGCUUCGAUGACGGGAUUUCACAGCUCCAGUCGAACCGGGUGCCAACGUCCGUGGCGAGCGAACCCCGACCUGUGCCGACUCCUGUUCAUCGCCCGUCGUCGACUGGCCCCUACGUGCAGGCAGGGAGUCGUGACGUGUCGACGGGUGGUGGAUCCCCUCGUUGUGUGGAGCGCAUUGUUUGCCGUUUGAACAACAUGCGGGCGACCAGCGACGGCGAUGGCGCACGGCAGGGCGGUGCUGCAACAGAAACAGAGCCAGUCGACGUCGACGUCGGCGAUAGGGAUGAUGAAUACAACGAAGAGGAAGAGGUCGUCGUCAAGGAAGCAAUAGCUGGCGGGAAAUCUUAGUUUCGUUUACAUGACACUUUGAUGUUGUAUACGUUGUAUGCGGUUUGACGUAGGACGACCGUUGUUCUUGUUGUAUAAAAGAUUUGCAGAACGAAUUCAAUCAUGGCAUGUGCCGUUGUUUGGUGGGUGAAUGUUUUUUUUUUUUUUUUUUUUUCCUAUUAAAUGUUUACAAGAAACAAAAGCCCMCCACAAUG